AUGGCCAACGGACCUUACGCCUUCGCUCGCUUGGCGAAUCCCAGGUUGGCAAGUACCGCGGUGGUCAUCGGCGAGAUGUUCAUUCGAAGCCGAAAGGUGCAGCUCAAGCGACCGACGCAUUGCGAGCUCUCCCAGAAAUCUGCUCCACCCUUGGAUGUGAUCCGCCCUCCCCUGCUUCCUCCGCCGCCGCCGCGGACGCCGCCGCGGACACCGGAAACGCGGGUCCGACGUGGAAAGGGACCCGAGUUUCCGGCGCUGCCGAAGGCCCCGGCGCCUCCGCGUGAUCCGUGCGAGGCGCCGCCCACGCCGCCCAAGGUGCCGCUGAACCUUCGGCCGCGGGGAACGAUUCAACGCAUCUGGAUCGGAAACCUUCCAGGUCUCGAGAAGAUGUUGGAAAUGAUUGAUGAGGAGGAGGAAGAGAAGCAGGAGAACAAGGGCGAUGCCAUGGAGAUGAUGAAGCGCCUGGUGGAUCGCAAGGUGAACGAGUUGGCCAUGGAGAUGCCCAACUACGACUUGGAAGAUGGCCCUUUGACAAAGCGCGUCACGGUGCAUCCCACCGGAAGAUACGCCUUCAUCCGAGUCGUGGGGGACCAGGAGUUUGUGGAGGAAUUGCUGGAUGUCUUGGACGGCAAGGAUUUCCUGGGAAAGCCCCUUCGAGUCAAUUGGGCCCGUGAAAAGGAGGACUUCUGGUGGCAGAAGAAAUCGCGGCGUUCCACUCCUGGGAUCCCUCGCUAUGUUCUGCAGCUGCCCAAAGGUUUGCAGCAGCUCAUUGCACCAGAGGAGGCGAUGGAGAAAUUGAGGACAGAGGAAGUCGUCACGAACGUUGAGAAAGUCCAGGAGAUUGAUGAACUCUGA